AUGCCUCAAACACAAGCAAAGGCUUCGGAAGCCGCUUCCCAUCUCGAUUACAUGCGACAGGCUCUAGACCUAGCACGAAAAUCGCCUCCAAAGCCUACAAAUUAUCGAGUGGGGGCUCUUGUAGUCGACCCGAGGAAGAACGAGACCCUCGCAACCGGCUACACACUCGAAUGUGAAGGAAACACCCAUGCGGAACAGUCAUGCUUUAUAAAGUUGGCCGAGGAGCAUAAAAUAUCGGAAGAGCAAUUGGGUAGUGUCCUGCCAGAAGGGGCCGUUCUUUACACUACAGUUGAACCCUGUUUCAAAAGAUUGAGUGGGAGUCGUCCCUGUGUCGACAGGAUUCUGAGACUGGGAAAGGCUAUCCAGACCGUCUACGUUGGGGUCAAGGAGCCGGAGAAGUUUGUGGGCGAAAAUACCGGGAGGAGACAAUUGGAAGAGGCGGGUAUAAAAGUCGUCUUUGUGGAAGGACUGGAAAAGGAAAUCCUCAAUGUUGCAACGGCAGGUCAUGUUUCGGAAGGUGGAUGA